UUCGUUCAGUACCGUCGCGUGAUCGUCAGCGGCAGGUGUGUGUGUGUUCGUACCUGUAGGAGCUCGACUCACGUUGCUAGCUUGGCGCCUGGAAUAGCUGUAACAAUAUUAUCCCAGAUCGAAAACGAAGCCUAUCAGGAGGUUUACAAUUUGCCAAGCUAUAAACGCUAUCCCAGCAUGACAACCUCCAACUGCAAACUCAUCUUCCACGCCACGAAGUCUACGACUCCAACAACUCAGAGGUGGCUUCAUCAGUGAUCACCAUACAUCGUAGAUGUUCACUACAGAUGAAUACACAACAUGUGCCUACUUAGACUCUAUUACAAAGUGUUCAAGAAACCGAAGCAGGGAAGAUGUUAAUACCCGUGAGAGAAUGGAAAGUGUGUGUUCAUUGGACGCUGUUUUUCAAUAAGCAAUUAUUUUUAUUAUUAUUAGUGAAUCUUUUGUUUACUCAAGUAAACGCCAACAGACCACCAAAGUUUUUGAUUGACGGGCAAACGGAAAUCGUCCUGAGGUUGAAGGAAGGCUCAGACACCCCUGCUGGUAGUUUAAUAUACAGACUGAGAGGUGUGGACCCAGAUGGAGAUACACUGACUUUUGGAGUGAGAGAGCAGAUUGGUCAUGAUAUCCUGCGUAUCGAGGGUGUUGGAGUCAAUGAAGCUAAUGUAUAUCUCAAGAAGGAGCUGGACAGAGAGGUGCGGGAUGAGUACGCGCUGGUGUUGACACUGACAGACGGCCAUCUUGGUGAGGGCAACUUCAUCACCCAGAGUCUGCUGUUGCUGGUGGAGGAUGUCAAUGACAACGAGCCAAUCUUCCGACCGUACCAGAGCUCCCUGGUGGUGCGGGAGGACAGCGGCCCUGGGAUACUUACCACCGUCGAGGCCACUGAUCUGGACGAGGGGCCGUACGGACAGGUUGUAUAUAGCCUUCAGGAGUUAGACGGUGAGAAUGAUUUAUUCUCUGUUUCAACUGUAAAUGGAAAAGGAGUCAUUCGGCUUGUGGGCCGAUUGGAUUAUGAAAGAAAGUUCCUUUAUCAGCUUAGAGUUCUAGCGAUGGAUAGAUCAAACAAUGAAAGGAUAAAUACUGCAACAGCGGCCAUCUUGGUGAAGGUACAGGACGUGGAAGAUCAGCCUCCAGAGUUUGUGGUUGUCUCUCCUGUGACGAGAGUGAGUGAGGACGCUCCUGUAGGAACAUCUGUAUUGCAAGUGAGAGCGGUGGAUGGAGACCGAGGGGUCAACAACCGUAUACUCUACUCAAUCACUCGGGGAGGAGAAGGAGUCUUCGACAUCGAUGCUCACUCUGGACUUGUCUUUACAACAACGAAGUUAGACAGGGAAUCAGCCAGCAACAGCAAUGGUGCUUACAUAAUGGAGAUUAUGGCUCAAGAGGAAUCAAGAGCAGUGUAUCCUGCGCCGACAGUGCGGACAGAAGUUACCAUUAUACUGAUGGACGUGAACGACGAAACUCCCACAUUCCGCAGCAAGAUGUACGCUUGUGAGGUGAACGAGAACGCUCCUGCUAACACUCCACUCACCUUCCUCGGCCAUGUUGUGCCUCAAGUGUUCGAUUACGAUCAGGGUAACAAUGGUACGUUUGACAUGUUCAUUGAAGAUGAUGAUGGGGUGUUUGAAGUAACUCCCCGGCAAGGAAUCAACGAAGCUUCAUUUCUAAUAAGAGUCAAAGAUUCGUCUAGAAUCGACUUUGAAAAAUCAUCUGUGAUAAACUUCACCCUAGUGGCUAAGGAAACUGUUGAGAGGAGGCCGAAGUCUAACCGUGUACCUGUCACUGUGUUCAUACGAGACAUGAAUGACAAUUUUCCAGAAUUCACCAAACCAGUGUAUGAGGCCAGGCUGGCAGAGAACUCUAGAAUUGGCACAGUGGUGGUGAAGGUACAAGCCCAUGACAGGGACUCUGGAGACCUGGGGACGAGAGGCAUCCGCUACACCAACCUCGGAGGCAGCAUUGCUGAUCUAUUAUCACUGGAUCCCAUCACUGGGGUGAUCUCAAUAAAGGAGGAGAGUCCAGCUUUUGAUCGAGAGUUGGUGUCAAGGCACUUCCUCACCAUAGAGGCCAGAGACAGUCGAGGUCUGGGGAACAGGAACUCGGUGCAGCUGAUCCUAAACAUCGAAGAUGUAAACGAUAAUGCUCCACAGUUUGUACACAGCAAAUAUGAAGCCAGACUCCAAGAAAACCAAUCUGAUUUUGAUUCACCUCUUAUUGUAGAAGCAAGGGAUUUGGAUCUCAAUGGUACUCUGAACAGUCAGGUGCACUACAGUAUUGUAGAGUGGGAUGCUUCUGUGUCUAACUUCACGGUAGAUCCAACACUGGGGCUCGUCCGGCCAUCGUCCCACAUAGACUUUGAGAAACUCGCUCGUACGCAAGGCGGCCCAGCAGAUGUCAGUGUGAGAAGUGUUCAUCUCACAAUCAGAGCCAAGGAUCUCGGCACACCUUCUCUGUUCUCAGAAGUGCCUCUACUGGUCUAUGUUCAGGAUAUCAACGAUAACGAACCUUACUUUGAGCACGAAUUGUAUGAACAGACGGUACCUGAAGAUUUGAAAGGGGGCAGCACUGUUUUGCAGGUGAAAGCGUCAGAUGACGAUGCAUCAUCACCCAACAAUCAAGUAGUGUAUCGCAUCCAGUCUGGUGCGGGUGACAAGUUUGUGAUUGACCCGACCUCAGGAAUACUGAGCGUUGCCAACGGAGCAAGCCUGGACCCAGAUGGAACUGACCCGCGGACAAUGCAAUACAGCAUGGUGGUGGUGGCUCUUGAUGGGGGUAUUGGGAAACAUCAAAUGACGGCGACAACACAAGUGGAAAUCAAAAUACAAGACGUCAACAACAAACCUCCUGUGUUGAUUGAUCCUGGCACUGUUCGAGUCAUGGAGAACACCAAGGUAGGACAGUUUGUUCAUCGGGUGAUAGCGACUGAUCCAGAUGAAAAGUCGUCUCUAAGAUUUUCAAUAGACAGAGAGGAUUGUGAAGCCAGAAGUGAAGAAGGAACAAUCAUAAAACCAUCCGAGUUUGACUUCUUGUCUGCUUUUGAAUUGAACCCGGUCGACGGAUUGUUACGAGUUGUCAAACUCCUGGAUCGAGAGCGGGUGGAGGUGAUAAGGUUGGCAAUAAGAGUUGAAGACACAGCAUCAAUGAAUGGGAAACAGAUCACGUCAGGUGUACUGACAAUCGUGAUAGAAGAUGAAAACGACAACAACCCAAUGUUCAGGAAGCCUUUCUACCGACGUUUCAUAACAGAGAACAGUCAACUUGGUGUUCCCAUCAUCAACGUUGUAGCGGACGAUGCAGACAAGAACAGAACCAUCACUUACAGUCUGGAAGGUGCUCCCAAGAUGACAGAGUUAGUACAUCUGGAUCAGCAGACUGGAGAAAUCGUUGUUGCCAAUCGUAUUGACCACGAGCAGACUCCAUGGCUGAACAUGUCCGUGCGAGCUACAGACUCAGGCAUACCACCACGGUCCUCCUACGUUGACGUGUUCGUACAAGUCAUUGACGAGAACGACAAUAAUCCAUACUUUAUCGGAAACAUCAGCAACAUCACACUGAGAGAAGAUACUCCAAUAGGGGCUGAAGUGACAGUGAUUGAAGCUCAUGAUGCUGAUUCAGGGGAUUAUGGAAAAAUUACUUAUUUACUUGACCGGAUCUCUUCACUGGGAAAAUUUCAAAUCAACCCAGAGACAGGGGUGUUGAAUGUGUCUGAUCGUCUGGACAGGGAGGAACAAGCCUCGUACAUUCUGAUUGUAGAAGCGUGGGACAACUAUCAGUUUGGCUACUCUAGUGGGGAGAGUAGAAACGCUUUCAAACAGAUUGGAGUGACUAUUUUGGAUGUGAAUGAUGAGCCACCAAUGUUCACAUCCCUCCCAGAGUCUUGUGUGGUUGUCACUGAGUUUCAUGAGCCAGGAGAAACUAUCUUCUCUCUCAAAGCUUCUGAUGACGAUGAUCCAAACACUCCAAACGGCUGGGUCUCCUUCUCAAUUUUGGCUGGCAAUGAAGAAGGUUUGUUUGAAAUUGAACCACUUGACCACUGGUCAGCAAGACUUUAUUCACCCAGCUCAUUGAAAGCAAAAUAUGGAAAUUAUACCCUGGCCAUAAAUCUGCAAGACCUUGGCACACCUCCAAACUCAGUUGUUGGCAAUUUGAACAUUUGUGUGACUGAUUUCAACGAUAACUCACCACAGUUCAUCUAUCCUCCUCAGAAUAUAACUAUUCGAAUUCCAGAGAACGCAACAGUGGGAAGUACUGUAAUCACAGUGAAGGCGGUGGAUGCAGACGUUGGGCCCAAUGCAGCAGUGCGCUACAGGCUGCGGCAAGACCUGACAGGAGACUGGGCGACGUUCAGAGUAGAUCAGGACACCGGACUCAUAACUCUGAAGCAACCUCUCGACCGAGAAACUCAGAAACUGUACCAGAUCCGAGUUGAAGCUUAUGACCAUGGCACUCCAACUCCUCUGUCUUCAGACCUAGAUUUGACAAUCUACGUCAAGAAUGUGAAUGAUUACCAGCCCCAGUUUCUGGUAGAAGACUUCCCCGUCAACUUCACAGAACACACAGCACCAGGCAGGGAGCGUCGUCUGUUGGCGGAGACAGUUGACAGAGAUGAAGUAGACGAACUAGACGACCCUCGCACUCCGGUUUGCUACUUCAUAGUGGCUGGCAACGACCACGGCUACUUCAACAUUGAACCUCUCUCUCAUGAAAUCACUGUAACCAGAGAACUGGACAGAGAGGAAGAAGACAUGCAUGUGGUGGUGGUUAAGGCAAGUGAGGACUGUGUCUCCCCUCCAGCAGUCAACAGCAGUUACUUGGACCUGAGAGACAGCACCACCCUGCGUGUGCUGGUGUACGUCAACGACAUCAACGACAACCCUCCACACUUCGUCAAGGAGGUGUUCACCGGGGGCGUCACCACGGACGCUGACUUUGGCACGGAGUUCAUGCAAGUCAGGGCUGAAGACGCAGACUACGGACCCAACGCAGAAGUCCGCUACUACAUGGCGGGUCCAACGCAGAUGACACUGAGCGAGGGGAUGGAGAAUAUACAACAACCACCCUUCCUGGUAGACCCGAGCUCUGGGGUAGUGUCCCUGAACUUUGACCCACAGAGGGGCAUGAAGGGUUACUUUGACUUCAAGGUAAUGGUAAAUGACUCAGGAGGAUUGUCAAACACUGCAAGAGUCUUUAUCUAUCUCCUAAGAGAAGACCAGAGGGUGAGAUUUGUGCUGAGGCAGCAACCCAUAGAAAUCCGGGAGAAGAUUGACGUCUUCAGAGAAGUACUGGGGAAUGUGACUGGAGCGAUAGUCAAUGUAGAUGAAGUGAAAGUUCACGAGACAAUGGACGGACGGGUGGACAAGACAAGGUCUGAUCUAUAUCUUCACUUUGUCGACCGAUCUGACAACUCCAUCAUGGACGUGAGCAAGGUGCUGCGAAUGGUGGACCAGAGUAUUGAACAUCUCGACUCACUGUUCAAGGAGUUCAACGUGCUGGACACCCAGGCUGCUGAGGCUGUAGCACUGGUGCAGGCUGGCAGCCCUGACAGUGUUGUGUGGCUCUGGUUGGUUGGCACCACUGUGUUCCUCGGACUCAUGUUGGUAGUGGUGAUCUCCAUCUGUUUGUCUCAGAGAGCCUCUUACCAACGACAGCUUAAAGCUGCCACCAUCACUGCUUUUGGUUCGACAGAGUCUGACAUGACCCGGGUGACUGGGUCUGGUCCGGGUCGGCUACCCAACACUAACAUGCACAGUGUCGAGGGGUCAAACCCAAUCUGGAUGCAGGCCUACGAGAAUGAGUGGUACAAGGAGGACGACUCAAUGAGUCAAACGUCUGAAAGAGACUCUCUGGAUGAAAACGCAGUUGUGAGUGUGCAAACACAAGAUGGAGGAGCAAACUCUUCAUGCAACAGCCAAACCAACAUAAUAAAACCUGAGCGAAGGACAGUAAAGGAACAGAAUGACCUGAACAGCAAAAGCAGUUCCUAUCAUCAGAACCUGUACCAGCAUCUCGACAAGCUCAGCAACCCUCUGAUUGCCAAAAAACUGGAAACAACAGAACUAUAAAGUAGUUUUUGUAAAUGUAAAUCUUUCUCUUGAUCUCUCUUUAGUUUCAACCAACUUUUUACAAUCAGUAAAAUUAACUAACAGCUAUACACCACAGUACAACACGUCAAAAUCGAUUCAAAAGUAAACUUAUUUUUGGUUGGUAUAAAUGAACAGCGUAAUAGGAGAUAUUAGUGAAGCAGAAACCAAUACACAACAAACUCAUUUGAGGACAGAAUUUAAGGCAGUUGAUUGCACACAAAAGGUUCACAGCAUUUAACCUAAUGUAUCCCCCUCUUUGGAGUUCCUGCAAGAAUAGACUAAAACAUGGUUAUAAAACUGGCACUUGUUUGCUCUCAAUUAAUUGCCUGGAAGUAUUUUCAUAAGUGAGUUGGUUUACUUCAUCCUCGUGUAUGCCUAUGCCAAAUGUAUUUUCCUAAAAUAACUAAUAAGACAUAAGAACUGUAAUAGUUAAUAGUUUAUAUUUCCUUUUUUUAAAAGUUUGGAUUAAAUUUAUUUAAUGUGUUGUGUGAUUCUUUUAUAUAUAGUUACUAUACAGCUGGUUUGUAAAUUAUCUCGUAACAACGAAUGAAGUACUUAAAUAAGAAUUGAUUUUACAAUUUUUAUGUAUCUCUUUUACUUGCCAAUCGAUGUAUUUUUGUACAAUUUAUUUAAUACUA